UACAUAUGUUCCCACCUUUAUUAAUAACCAAUCAUUAUACAUUCUAUAACAGAAUUUAAUUAUAACCCUUUUCAUAUUAUUUUUUUACCAAAAUCAAGUUGAAAUUCUUACAAGAAAUUUCUCUCACAUUUCUAUUAGUAAAAGGCUAUCAAGAGGAUAAAACUACAACGAUACAAAGAGAGAAAAUAUGGCAUCCACGGAAGUGAUUGUUGUAACUCCCCUUUCACCCACAAAAAAGAACAGAAUUCAAGUAUCAAAUACCAAAAAACCUUUGUUUUUUUAUGUUAAUCUUGCAAAGAGAUACAUACAACAACAUAAUGAGGUCGAGCUUUCUGCAUUGGGCAUGGCAAUUACAACGGUUGUCACCAUUGCUGAAAUUCUAAAGAAUAAUGGUUUUGCUUGUCAAAAGAAGGUAUGUACAUCCACUAUUGGCAUGAAAGAUGAAAAUAAAGGUCGGAUGGUUCAAAAAGCCAAGGUAAUUUUUCUUUUGCUUUUUAAAAAUAUGAUAAUCAAAUGCAACAUGUCUUUCAUUCACCAACAAAAUCAAUUUUUAUUAGAUUAAUAAAUUAUCAUUAGCCUUUUCCAAAUAAUGGAAAAAAUGUAAGUACAAAAAAAUGUCAAAGAUUAUUAUUAUUUUUUUUUUUAUAAAUGAUCAAUGAUAUUGCAUUACUUAUAAAUGUCUAAAU